GCGGCUCAGCAGACUUAGCGACAGGGCUGAAGAUAGACCGCGUUCGGCGCCGAUGUAAAGCGCAACUUAUGGAAUAAAUAACGUCCCGUGUGGAAGGAAACAGAGGAGAUGCGUAAUAAGGCACAUGGAGUGACAAGGAACUGCUCGGCUGCCAGUAUAACAUCAACUGACAGCUGUCACCGUACAUAACUAGUUAGCUAGCUAGCUAAGCUAAAGGCUAACUGCCGUAUUUCCCUCACACAGAUUGGCUAGCUAGCUAACUAGUUCUUCCGUCGGUUGAAUCUCAAGCGGUGGCAUUUUAAUGGACAUCUUCUUAUUCGUAACAAAUAUGUACAUUUCUUAUGUACGUGUACACAUGUUUACGGGAGUGAUGAGUUAAAUAUCACUCGCAGGAAUUGUUUGGAGUCUUCUCUGAUGCAUCUAUUAGGUAGCAGUUAUACAGUAGCUAGCUGGCUGCGUUCAUUCAAUUAAAACCCAGCGUUAUCCAAAGGGUUAGCGUAGCAACUCUGCUGGCGCCACCAACAACAACAACGGUGACUGGCACCGACGAGGUUUCGUGGUUAACAGAUUAAUUGGACGUCGUCUGCACAUUGGACAACACCAGCGAAAAUGAAGAAAUUUUUUGAUACGCGCCGGGAACUUGUGAAUGCUGGGCCUGGUUCUGGAGCAAGUGGAGGAGGCUGCAGUUCCGGCGGAGGUGGCAGUUUCAUUGGACGGGUCUUUACCAUUGGACGUUAUCAAGUGACCGUCGAGGAAAUUGUCGCCGAAGGAGGUUUUGCCAUUGUUUUCCUGGUACGGACUCACCAGGGGGUGCGAUGUGCUCUCAAAAGGAUGUAUGUUAACAACGAACAUGACCUACAGGUCUGCAAGCUAGAGAUCCAGAUUAUGAGAGACUUGGUGGGCCACAGAAACAUAGUUGGUUUCCUGGACUCCAGCAUAACUGCAGUAGGAGCGGGUGAUGUGUGGGAAGUCCUAAUCUUAAUGGAUUUCUGUCGAGGUGGACAGGUGGUGAACCUAAUGAACCAGCGGCUACAGACGGGCUUCACCGAGACCGAAGUGCUACAGGUUUUCUGUGACACCUGUGAGGCCUUGGCGCGCCUCCACCAGUGCAAGACUCCAAUCAUUCAUAGAGAUCUCAAGGUGGAGAAUAUUCUGCUGCAUGACAGGGGACAUUACGUACUUUGUGAUUUUGGGAGCGCUACCAAUCGGUUUCAGAAUCCACAGUCAGAAGGGGUGCCAGUGGUUGAGGAGGAAAUUAAGAAGUACACUACUCUUUCAUACCGUGCUCCGGAGAUGGUAAACCUCUAUGGUGGCAAGGUCAUCACUACUAAGGCAGACAUCUGGGCCAUGGGUUGCCUGCUUUAUAAGCUUUGCUACUUCGUGCUACCCUUUGGGGAGAGCCAAGUGGCUAUCUGUGAUGGUAGCUUCACUAUCCCAGAUAACUCCCGCUACUCCCAGGACAUGCACUGCCUCAUCAGAUACAUGCUUGAACCCGACCCUGACAAAAGACCAGACAUCUACCAAGUAUCCUACUUUGCCUUUAAGUUGGCUAGACGAGAGUGUCCAGUCCAAAAUGCACAUAAUUCUCCUAUUCCUGCAAAACUUCCUGAGCCUAUCAAAGCCAGUGAAGCUGUGGCCAAAAAGAGUCAGACCAAAGCCAGGCUCACAGACCCCAUUCCUAUGACAGAAACUUCAAUUGCACCUCGGCAGCGGCCCAAGGCUGGCCAGGCCCAGCCCCAACCUAUAUCAGGCAUUUUGCCCAUCCAGCCUGCCCUCACACCACGCAAGAGGCCUAAUGUGGCUGCCGGAGGAUCCCAGGGUAUUGGUGUUGGGAUUAAUGUCCCGCCACCUGCUGCUGCAGCUGUCCAACCUGCUCAACAGGCUCCUGUUGCACAGGCUGCACCUCAGCCGGCCCAAACCAUCAAUGUACAGCCACCAGCCACACCCCAACAUCAGCAGCUCUUCAUACAACAGCAACAGGCCCCAGCUUUCUUCGGUCCACAGCAGCAAGCCAACCAGCAGCGUCAGAUGUUGCAGAGUGUCCACCACCGUCAACUACAACAGCAGUCAGCUACUCAGGCGUCUGCCACGCUCCCAUCCAAAGCUCAGCCUGUUACUCCAGUUAUUUCCCUGCAGCUACAUCACCAGCAAUCAGCCAGCUCUACCAUGACUGUAGUCCCCAUCCCUGAAACGUCAGUUCCUCAUCUGACUCCUAUCCCUGAGUCUGCGGCCAUUUGCACUGCAGCUGAUCCAGAGGCCAUGACUGGCCAUGGGAUCCACAAAGUAGGCUCCCUGACACCCCCCUCAUCCCCAAAGACGGCCCCCAAGGGUGGCCACAGACGCAUUCUUAGUGAUGUGACCCACAGUGCUGUGUUUGGUGUCCCAGUCAGCAAGUCAACUCAGCUACUACAGGCGGCUGCAGCCGAGGCUAGCCUCAACAAGUCCAAAUCGGCCAGCACCACACCGUCCGGCUCCCCCUGCUCCUCCCAGUCGAAUGUAUAUCAGCCAGGUGAGGGUGGUGCCCCAUUGGCUCCUUCUGCCACCAACAUCCAGCCCAACUGGAAUCCCUUUGGGGACGACAACUUCUCCAAGCUUACAGCAGAGGAGCUUCUCAACAAAGACUUUGCAAAGCUAACUGAAACAGCUAAACCAGGAGAGAAGGUUGCAGACUCAAGUGAAAAUCUCAUCCCUGGGCUCCAAGCUUUCCCAGCUAAGACAGAUAUGUGUGUGGAAUCCCUAAUUCCUGGCCUGGAGGCUCCCCAGGCCCAGAGACAUACAGCACAGCCAGAGCUCAUCUCCACUAGCAUGCCAGACCCUCUGACUGGGGAGGACUCUCUGCUGGGCUGUGAUCUGUUAUCUCACCCCACUACUCCUGGAGCCCAGUCUGUCUCUGCUCUCCCUUCUUCCUCUUGCUCCUCUGCCCAUCCUGGCACCGGCUCUGGCUCCUGUCUGGAUGAACUGGCUUCUGUAUCCCUGCCCCCUGUUCAGACAACUUCUGACUCUGCUUUCCUUAUGUCGGGUGGGGAGAAGGGCACUGAGGACGAGUUUGACCCCAUCCCUGUGCUCAUCUCCAAAAGCUCCAAUCAAGAGCUGAAAGGCGAGAGUAAUGGCUACAAUACACUCGAUGAGGAGGGAGAGGCCAGAACAGGUGAGGGCUGCGUUCACUCCAGCGAUGAGAAUGAUGAGGAAGCGGAAGAGAAGAAGCCACAAAAGAACGAGCAGCAGAGCAGGGGAGGUGAGAGCGAUGUGGUGGCCCAUGACUGCAGUGGCUCCAGACCUUUACUCCAGGACUCCGAGGAUGAAGAGGAGCAAGGACAUGAGUUGCCCCCCCAGCCAUCACCACCUUCUUGCGCAUUAACAGCACAACCAUCCACUGUCUUUCAUCAACAAACUCCAAACACUUUAGCCCAGAAUCAUUCCCAGCAGGGGGCACAGUCAGCAAGAGAAUCGGAGGUUGUUCCAGAUGUUUUCUCCGAAGCACCAUUUCGAAUCUCACAAGAUGAGGCAGCUGAUGUGUUUGCCAAUGCCCCCUUCCCACAUGCCUAUGUUGCAGCUCAACAGCAGCUAGAUGUGUUCCUGCAGGCUCCCUUUGGAAAAAAAAAGGAGGCCACCAGCCUGUCCCCACAGCCCAAGACCUCAUACUCUCACACAGUUGUGGCUGCUCCUGUAACCCCUGAACAAGGGGUCUUGGGACAGGUUGCUCCACAACCAUUCCGCCCGCAAGCUCUGGCCAAAUAUUCCCGACAUUUUGAGGGACCUGUGCCCCAGCAGCCUGUGGCAGCCCAUCGAGUAGUGUCUAAUGUAAGCAGGCAAGCUGCUGUAGGAUCAGUCCCUGUUGGACCUCUUCAUUCAUGGACCUCAGAAGUAAGCGCUGUUGACCCUUUUGUCUCUGCACCCUUUCAUCUCAAGGCUCCACAAGAGAAGCCCUGAAGCUGCACACGCUGCACUCAAGAUGGUGUCGUGGAACCACACAAUUAUGCAAAAUAAUACAAGCGUACUGCAUGCUGUCAUCGCCCCAGGGGCUGGACUGCAGGCCUGCAUGGAUCUCAUUCUUAACUGGCUCAAAUUAGUUUUCAUAGUAAAAGAUUGUAUCUACACUUGAAUGCUGCAGUAGAGUAAGUCCAAGUUGCCUUUUAUUUUUGUUGUCAUGUCUAAAUGUUAUAACGUUUGUAAUUUACCCCUUGGUACGCACACAGUGGAUAUGGUAGUGAAGUGUUUGUUUGUUUUCCUGCCUACCUCAGUUAUGGUUUUCCUUUCAGUAAACUGUCUUGGGCUUUGGCAGUUAUGUUCCCUGGAAUCGGUCACUUAAUAGUGAAAUUCAAAUCUGGCCCAACAUUGCUUCAUGAAGACUCCUUUGGCUCUGACAGUUUCUCAGAGAGGAAGAUAACAAGCUUGGCAUUCAGGGUCAUAACGUCACAAAGACACAAAUGGGGGGGGGAAUUGUCCCAAACGGCACCUUUUUAUUGAUUGGAACUUUAUAUCAUGGCGUCUGUUCUGUCAUCAGUACCAAGUUGAGGUUUUCGUCUCACAGCGGUUUUAGCAUAUUCAGUUUGCAAUGGCAACAAAUAGAUUUAAAGAACUGCCUUACUUCCAUUCUUAAAGCCUAUUAAGUGCGUUCAUCAUGUCUCACUGGGUAGGAUAACAGCAUAAACUCUGAGCUGUCCUGUCGUGUCUGAUAGUUUGUAUUAAUCUGAUGCUGGAUAAUGAUGUGGAUAUUUCAAAGGAUAGUGUAUGUUAAUAGAUUUUUUUUCACUUUGCUUUGAAUCCACAAUGUUUGUUCUUUUGAGAAAGGAAUGAGAAAGGAAUAUUUAGUGUUUAUUCCGCAUAGUAUUCCAACCUUAUAUAACACAAGUCUUACAGAAUAUAGUAGAAUACUUCCAUUGUUAUGUAUAUAGUCUCUGAGUGAGUUUUCUUUAUUUCUUUUUGAUUUAACGGUGUAUAUCAAACCUCACUUUCUCCCAUCGCCAUUCCCUCAACAUGCAACAGAGGGCGCACUGUCCCUUUCUCAACACUCCUCGUCAUCUGUUUCAAUUACUUGACCUAUUUUUGCACUCGGUCAGCACCAAAUACUUGUGUACAGUCAUGCACAGUUUGCUUCUACUGUGUGCAGUUGAGAUAACACGCAAGGCCUAUAUUUCACGUCAUCCACCCUCGCUCACAGACUUAUUCUGACUUCCAACUGUGAUAAACUCUGCCAAGGCACCUGAAAUGAAAAUCCAUGCGUAGAUAAGUUGUUCGGUACCUUUAAAUAAUGCUUGCCUUCAGCGCUACGGUUGCUUGGAUUGUAAUUGUACUAUUAUCUGACAUGAGCCCUUGAAUGGCAUUCCUAUUAGAUUUAUCCUUUACUUCCAUAGUCGUAUGGGAAAAUAUUUUAUUGCUUUUUGCUUUGUUCAACCUUGAGACACUUUUUAGUUCCCUCGUUGGCACAUUUAAGGGGAAUCGACAAUAAUUCAUCCCAAAGCAUAAUUCCUGUGUUCCUGUCUAGUUACACAUUUUCAAUAUAUUCUUCUUCUCUUUUUUUCCCCUCUUGAAAUGUACAAUCUUUUAUAAAUAUAUACUUUUGUCAUCCAAUCUGUUUAAAUGAAGGUUGCACAUAGCCAAUGACAGGCUGGAUACUCUAAGAAUGUGUUUAGUUGAUAACACAGCUGUAUGAGGUUUAUACAAAGUGUAAUUUGACCACAGUCUGUUGUAUAGGAAAACCUGAAUAGAGGAUUCAACUGCUUCAGAUGCUGAAAACCAAGGCACUCAUAUCAAAAAACUUGAGUCAUGCUGCAAAGCUAGCUUUUGAAAACUCUGUAUGUCAUUAAAAAAAAAACAAAUAAAUGAA